AUGCUCCGCCGCAAACCAACAGCCCUAACAAUAACGCACGAAGACAUCACCCAAUUCGAAGAGUCCCUCACCCGACGCCUCGCCUACGCCCACUACCUCAGAACGGGCGAGGAUCCAAAUGGCUUCUUUCGUCAGGCGCAGCCAGGCGAUGCGGACUUCGAAGCACAGCAGGAACGCCUUGCCCAACGACAGCAGGAGCAAUCGAACGGGGGGAAGGUUGAUCCGGAUGAUGAGUUGAAGCCGUUGCCGGGGUAUAAGGCGCGGAUUGUGAGGGGGAGGGAGGAGAGGAUCAUUGGAAGUGCUGCGGUUGGUGCGACGAGAGGGCCUGCGGGUGGGGUGGACGGUGGAGGGUUGGCUUGCGACACUCUGCGAACCUGCGUUGGCUACUUCGGCGACGAUAUAUGGGAGUUGUACGAAUUUGGGAAAAAGGACAAGCUCUAA